AUGGGUGACGCUCAAAACCUUCAGUCAUGGGAAGUCAAGGCUUCUUCAGCCAGAGAAAGACGCGAUGCCGGCCUGGCCAAAGUUGAGCCCAAGCUAGAGGGCAUCCCUGAUCAACUACCCCUCAGCUCGCAAGAUCUGCCAAAAGGGGUGUUGACAGCCCGGGAAAUCGAAAUCACGGAGAAAUACUCUGUUACCGAAUUGUUGAAGAUUCUUCGUGAAAGGAAAAUCUCCGUCGAGGAAGUAACGCGGGCAUUCUUGCGCAGAGCGGCGGUGGCCCAGGUUGCUGUCAACUGUCUUACUGAGCUGCUAUGGGAUCAAGCGAUUGCUCGUGCAAAGCACCUUGAUUCCUUGCCAGAACCCAAAGGCACCUUUUUCGGUCUUCCCAUCUCAACAAAGGAGCAUCAUGGCAUGGUUGGCGACAACGUGACCACCAACGCCUCCUAUAUCGGCUGGGUUGGCGAUAAACACGGUUCAAAUCUUCUCUACGACAUCUUGUAUAGUGAAGGAUGCGUCUUCUACGCCAGAACCACUCAGCCUCAAACGAUCAUGCACUUGGAGACGAGCAGCAAUGUGUAUGGAGUUACCGUUAACCCAUACAACCGUACUUUGACUCCAGGAGGAAGCUCCGGAGGUGAAUCUGCUCUCGUUGGUAUGCGCGGCAGCCUGUUGGGUGUUGGCGGUGAUAUUGGAGGCAGCGUUCGAUGUCCAUGCGCCCAUGUCGGUAUAUAUGGCUUCAAGCCAAGCUCUAAACGCAUUUCUGUCUUUGGACAGAGGGCCAAUAUGGCCGGCAAGGAAACGAUUCUCUCUACUCCCGGGCCCAUGACGGUAGAGCGUGACGUACUAGAAUUGUUCAUGAAAACCGCCAUUGCUGCUGAGCCAUGGCGCCACGACCCAUCUCUUACCGUCAAGGAGUGGAAGCCAUAUCACUUCACAAAGCCGCUCAAGAUUGCCGUCCAGUGGUGGGAUGGCGUUGUGAAGCCGCAUCCUCCCAUGCUACGCGCACUAAAAGAAGUUGCCGACGCGUGUCGAAAGGCUGGUCACGAGGUUGUCGACUGGAACUGCGAAUCACUUGGCCAUGAUGAAGCCUGGGACAUCAUCUCGGGACUCUAUUGGCCCGACGGCGGCAAAGAGGUUCUCAGUUUGAUCAAGGGAGCUGGAGAGUCGGUCUUGCCAUUGACCAAAUUCAUUAUCGAGGAGCAGCCAAAUGUCAAGGACAGGACAGUGGCUGAGCUUUGGGAGUUGACCGCUCAACGAGAUGCCUACCGCGCAAGAUAUGCCAAAGCCUGGACAGCCACCGCAGCCAACGGCGAGAGAGAAGUCGACGUCAUUCUGUGCCCUCCUUCAUUUGGAGCUGCUGCUCCUCUCGAGCAGUCGCGGUACUGGGGCUACACUUCGCAAUGGAACCUCCUGGACUACCCGGCCGUUGUCUUCCCCGUCACCACCGUCGACCAGGUCAAGGAUGUCAAGGAUACAAGCUACGUACCCAAAAAUGAGCAAGAUCGAUUCGUGUAUGAUAUGUACAGCCCGGAGAAGUACGUCAAUGCACCAGUGAGCCUGCAGAUUGUUGGCAGGCGACAGUACGAUGAAAAGGUUCUCGCCGCACUGGUAGAAGUUGAGCGUGCUAUGGGAAGACCUUGA